UGUACUAUAGUAUACCAAAUUAAAUUUCAUUUUUUUCCAUUGAAAAAAUGGCUCAAAACGAUGAAGGAAGUAAUAGCAAGGAACAAGAUCAUUUGUUGCCUAUAGCCAACGUUGGUCGUAUAAUGAAACAAAUAUUACCACCAAAUGCAAAAAUCUCAAAAGAAGCAAAAGAAACAGUGCAAGAAUGUGUAUCUGAGUUCAUCGGAUUUGUGACCGGUGAAGCAUCGGAGAAGUGCCGGAAAGAACGCCGGAAAACGGUGAACGGCGACGACGUUUGUUGGGCUUUGGGAACUCUAGGGUUUGAUGAUUAUGGUGGUGCAAUGAAGAGGUUUUUACAUAGGUAUAGAGAGAAUGAAGGUGAGAAAGUAAAUCAAGAAAGAGUUGACAAUAAUAGUGGAGAAUUGGAGGAACGUCCAAUAGGAGGAUCUCAGCCAAGAAACUAUAAUCUCGAUUAAUUAGGGUUAAAAUUAAUUAAUUAUCUCAUGUUUUUGUUUCUCUUGAUUUUAAUUCUCCUUUUUUUUUUAUAAUUGUUUCUUCCAUAAUUUCUAAUUACAAAGGUUUGUAUUUUUUC